UCUCUGUAUCAGCUGUAUACUGUAUACACAGUAAAACGGGUCUUCGAUCUUCCCUUCUCCCCAGGAGUUCUCUCAAAUGGCAGAGUUCGAUGUCCUAGACACGGAGCUUGUUUUAAUAUAAAAACAGGAGAUAUCGAAGAGUAUCCUACGCUUGAUGGCGUGCAGUCCUAUCAGGUUAAAAUUCAGGACAACAAGGUUAUAAUAUCUGCAUGUGCUGAAACCCUAGAAACAAGCAGGAGAACCCAUUUGAUGUUAGCCCCAGUCUCACUGAGUAAGAGAAUCGUCCUUAUUAUUGGUGGGGGUCCGGCUGCAUUGGUGUGCGCAGAAACCCUUCGCCAGGAAUUUUUCAAAGGACGCAUAAUAAUGGCGAUCAAAGAAAUCCAUUUGCCUUACGACCGGACAAAACUUAGCAAGAGCCCGAACCUUGGCAUUAAAAAUCUCUUGCUUCGGCAACCAGAGUUUUUUGCUACUUAUGGCAUUGAGAUGAUGACAAACAUGGAGGUGGUAUCAGUGAACCCAAAUAAAAAGAGGGUUGGCUUCUUAGAUGGAACUUCCCAGCAAUAUAACGAUUUACUUCUGGCUCCGGGCUGCGUACCUCGUAAACUUCAUUGUCCGGGGGCAGAUCUAAAAAAUAUAUUUUCCUUGAAUACCCCUGAGGAAGCAAGAAAAAUUGAUAGAUUGUCAAAGGGGAAAGCCAUUGUCAUCGUGGGCGCCUCAUUUGUUGGAAUGGAGGUCGCGUGGUAUCUGAUUUCCAAAGCCAAGUCUGUGACCGUGAUCGGAAGGAGGAAGGUCCCAUUUCAGGAAGUGCUGGGGGUAGAUAUAGGCACGGCCAUAAUGAAGAGUCUUGAAGCUGAAAAUGUGAAGUUUUACAUGGAAAAUACAGUGAUUGAAUUCAGGGGACAGAAUAGACUGUUGGGAGCCGUUGUGCUUGAAGAUGGAGUGAUUCUAGCAGCACAAGUGUGUGUGGUGGGAAUAGGAGUGAAACCUGCAACAACCUUCCUUCAAAACAGUGGCAUCAGAAUGGAUGGGAAUGGCCGAGUCAUCGUAAAUAAGAGCAUGGAGACCAAUAUUGCCAAAGUGUUUGCGGCCGGAGAUGUGACCACCUUUCCACUACCGUUGAGAAACGAUGAGGUAGUGAGCAUCCGACACUGGCAGAUAGCCCACUCGCACGGUCACGUGGCCGCAUUGACCAUGCUGAAGAAGAAGGCUAGCUUCCAUUCCGUGCCGUACUUCUGGUCAACCAUGUCAAAAAACAGCCUUCGAUAUGCAGGCUAUGGAGCUGGUUCUGAAGAAGUCAUAAUUCAUGGCAAUCUUGAUGAACUGACAUUUGUUGCUUUCUACAUCAAAGACAACAAUGUUAUUGCAGCUUGCAGUCUGAACUCUGACCCUGUUGUUUCCCAAGUGGCAGAGGUGCUAUCUUUGGGAAAGACCAUAUCAAAGGAGGAAGCAAGCCAAGCCGACAUGCCGUGGACUAAGAAGAUCUGAUGCAUUUCUCCACGCUUCAAGCAAAUCUUUUUAGAAAAAUGAUUUAAAGGAGGUUUAUCAAAACUUAACUGAUCAUUCUAUUUGCUUUGCCAACCUUUUAUUACAAAACAUUUUAUAUUAACUGAGAGUACAAUCCUUAAUAUCCAUGAUUUUAAAAUUCUAUGAAUCCAUUAAUCUAGUUUCAUCAUCUAUUUCUCUAUUUUUUUUUCUGUCCUGCUUAAUAAACUGAAAUGUAUAGAGAUGACCAUAAUAAAUGUGUAUUUGUAGUCACUCAGUGGAUAUCUAAUCUUACUUAUGUAAUUAGAGCAGAGAACGCACCAGUACAGCCCAAGAACUUGCCAUUUGACCAAUGUCUAUGUUGAUCAUGAU